UCUCGUUGCUUGUUUCCUCAGGUGGAAGCGGACGAUUCAUCGUAGGAGCAAAUCAAAAUGGCGAGCCAAGAGGAGUCUGUGAGGGAGUUCGUCGCUGUUACCGAUGUGGAUGAGGAGAGGGCCAGGUUUUUCCUGGAGUCCGCCGGCUGGAACUUGCAGCUUGCUCUCGCCAGUUUCUUUGAGGAUGGAGCUGAUGAUGACAUAGUGACUCUUCCUCAGCCGGAGGGGGGCUCCUCAGUGUCCCGGUCUGCAGGCCCAAGUCAACCGAGGGUGACGUCCUUCAGAGAUCUGAUGCACGAGGCAGAGGAAGAGAGUGACGAAGAGGAAGGCCAGAGGUUUUUUGCAGGGGGCUCAGAGCGCAGCGGGCAGCAGAUAGUUGGGCCUCCCAAGAAGAAGAGCUCCAACGAAGUGGUGGAGGACCUGUUCAAGGGCGCCAGGGAACACGGAGCUGUGCCUUUAGACCGGGCUGGGAAGGGCCCGUCAGAGCCGGGCAGAGCCAAGGCCUUUGUAGGUGGAGGUUACAGGCUCGGGGCCGCUCCCGAAGAGGAGUCGGCCUAUGUGGCCGGAGAGCGACACGCCUCCAACAGCCAGCAAGAUGUACACGUGGUGCUUAAGCUGUGGAAGACGGGUUUCAGUCUGGAUAACGGCGACCUCAGAAACUACAGCGAUCCCGGAAACGCCAACUUCCUGGAGGCAAUCAGAAGGGGGGAGAUCCCCCUGGAGCUGAGGCAGCGGUCUCGAGGGGGGCAGGUGAAUCUAGACAUGGAGGACCACAGGGACGAGGACUUCACCAAACCCAAGGUGGCCUUCAAAGCCUUUGGAGGCGAAGGACAGAAGCUGGGAAGUGCUACUCCAGAGCUGGUCACAGCUCCAGCUACGACCCAACAGGACCAGGCCGCCAACGAGGCCCAGGCCAGCGCCUCAGUGAACCUGGACCCCUCCCAGCCCGUCACCAACAUCCAGAUCCGCCUGGCCGACGGGGGCAGACUGGUCCAGAAGUUCAACCACAGCCACAGGGUGUCUGACGUGAGACAGUUUGUGGUGGCGGCUCGUCCCUCCAUGGCUGCCAGAGAGUUCAUCCUCAUGACCACCUUCCCCAACAAGGAGCUGUCGGACGAGAGCCUGACGCUGCAGCAGGCCAACCUCCUCAACGCCGUCAUCGUCCAGCGGCUAAACUGAAGGCCCGCCUCCCCCCUCCUCCUCCACCCUCCUCCUCCACCUGCUCCACCCGCUCCACCUCCCCCCUGGUGGCGUGGCUGAGCAACUGCAGCCCUGUGAAACCUGCUUAGCCCCGUACGGAGGUAGCAGAAAGCACGGACUUGAUGUAUGGACUUCUAAUUUCUGAAUUAUUAUUUUUUUUUUGUUUUUCUAAAAUGAAACGCUCUGCUCCCCCUGCCCCGCCCUCCCCACCCUCCGCCCACCCUCCCCAAAACAGUCUCACCCUCUCCAGUCUGUUGGUAGACAGCGAUGAGGGCAACUAAAAACCUUCCCACUGAGGAGCCUGUCGGGAAAGCCUGCGGAUUUUGACGGGGAUUAGUCGUUCGCUAAAAGCCGUCUCUAUUUUCCAUUAACACCCUCCCCUACUUCUCUUCCUCUAUUAACCUUAAUUCUGCCUCAACAGCACAAACAAGGACAAUAAGUCUCAUUAAGGAACAUCUCGACACACGUUUCCACUUCUCUCCACAUCUUGUUUUUGUAGAGAGAAGUGUUAACGUUGCAACACAAAAACUGAGGCUUUUAUUUCUAGUUCUCUCCAAACCGACGUGUACCGGUAGCCUUACUCUUCUUUCUCCACCUGCAGACCACCACGUCACACCCGACCCUUUCUUCAAAUAAAGAUGGAAUUAUUUUUUUAAAACUUGCCCUUAAUCCCCCCCCACAACAACAACAACCACCACCUCCACUUUUUUUCCUCCUUUACAGAUGAAAGGCUUCUCUCCCAGUUAGUCGGUGGCAUUUUGAUAAAUGAUGAUGAUGAGAAAUAAACCGGUCACACUUGGAUUUAUUUUCCAAAAAAACAAAAAGAAAGAAAGAAAGAAAGAAAAGCAACGGUCGAGCAGAAGAACAUAGAUUGUAAACACUGGUUUGUAGUCGUGGAAGUAACACUGACAUCUUCUUCUAUGCAUCCUGGAGCAACACAGAAAUAUGUUUAGACCUCUGGUGAAAUAAAUCCAUUUUAUGGUUCAUGUAUAAAGAA